AUGAAGGAGUGCCUACGAUUGUACCACACAUCGUUUACCCAGUAUUGGCGACUUUACUGGCUGAACCAGAAUUUUGAUAUAGAAAUCGAUGCAUUAUUUAGUUCUUACGAAAUAGUUGAUAACAUACCAUUUGUAUCUGUUGCAGACUUGGAAUCCAAGCCUACUAAGUAUCGCAUUUUGUUUACGUUGCUAAAGGCAUUCUUUACACUCGAAAAAUAUGCAGAUAGAUUGAGUAUUAUGCCUAAGAAUGAGGAAUUGGAUGAUGUAAGCACGCUUAGGCUUGCCUUUGUUGCUAUUCCCUACUUUUUGGGUUUCUUGUUACUGGAGCUACCCACUCUAGAUAACAGAUCGGCACUGCUUAGCGAAGCUAAGCUAUACCUCAUGGAAUUUGGUACUAGACUAUCAAACUUAGGCUCUCAAUUCAUGGUUGAGAUCCCUGGAAAUCGUACUGAUAAGGUCGCACUUGCUAGACAAGAUAUGGACACUAGAAAGAAGAUCAACCACCUUCUUUCGCUAAAGCUGAAUAACAAUACAUUUGAUCCUGCCAUAGAUGAUAUUAUAUCACCUCUCUUUCCCAACUACAGAGAUGAAUAUGUAAUUCGUGAGCUAACUAUUUUACUGCUAACAAAGUUUAGGUUAGAGUCCCUAAGCCAUCUACAAUCCAUAGAUAGGGAAUUAAAAAUCCUUGGAAUUAAAUCCAAGCAAUCAACAGAACCCACUUCACCAACAUAUACAAACGCUAUAAUUUCAAAUGCAUCAAAAAUCCCUUGUAUGAGUGAUUUACGAACUAGGCUACAAAGGAAUGUGUUCAUUCCAGGCCAUAACAUGCCAACAAUUACACUGGCUGAAUGCGCAAAAAUUGAAAUGGACAUGGAACUGAAUAUCGGCAAGACCACCAAUGGGGGGCGAUUAGCCAGCAAUUCGUCCGAUGCCAGUAGCAAUGAUACGAAUGAUGCAAGGGAAUGGGAUAACUGGAAGGAUGAUCAUCCCUGGGGUUCUGGUAACAAAAAUCGCAACAUAAGUUGA